AUGGAAUUCGAGAUUCGCAACAGGAAGACAACAACCGUCGAGUCCGUCGUCGACAAUGGCGUCUCCACCGCCAACAGACUCCACGCCUCUGCCACUCCCUCAAACAACGAUAACAGCGGGACCCGCGACUCGUCUGAGGAUUUGUCGUUGAACCACUCCCUGUCGGACUCUCAGAAGCAGAGCCUUGCCAAGGAGCAGGAGGAGGCUGCCUUUGGCAAGACCCCCAACGGAACCAUCUUCAGAGUCCCUGUGACAAAGGAUAUGUUGUCCGAGAUCUUUGACAUGAGCAAGAAAAAGUCGGCCUUCGAUAUCAUGACCCUUGCCGUCAUGGGCUUCCAGAUCUUCCUCUUCUUCACCCUCCCUACCUCAGUCAAGCGGUGGCUGUUCUUGGUCCUGUUCGUGUUCUGGAGAGCAGGCUAUAAUGCGGGAUUGGGUUACCUCUUGAAGCUGCAGAGUGAGCGCAGAGGUCUGGUUGCUUGGGCCAAGGAGAAGGGGAUCUUUGACAAGAAGAGUGGUAGUCCCUGGUAUGACUGGCUCAACCGGGAGCUCACCUGCAAGAUGGACUCUGACUACGACUUUGAGACGGCGCCAAUCGAAUUCAACACUUGGUUGUUGUACCGCCAGUUGGUGGAUCUGAUCUUGAUGAACGAUUUCACGACGUAUGUGUGCUUUGCGCUAUCGUGGUUGACCUUCCCCGCCGGAUCGGGUUUCUUUAGCCACCUCUUGCGCUGGAUCGCCGGUUUCAUCCUUGUCUCCUUCAACAUCUGGGUCAAGCUCGAUGCCCACCGCGUCGUCAAGGACUUUGCCUGGUACUGGGGCGACUUUUUCUUCUUGAUCGAACAGUCGCUGACGUUCGAUGGUGUCUUCGAGAUGGCACCCCACCCCAUGUACUCCGUCGGAUAUGCGGGUUACUAUGGUAUCUCGCUCAUGAUGGCUUCCUACAUGGUCCUCUUUGUCUCCCUCGCUGCCCAUGCCGCCCAAUUCGUCUUCCUCACCAUCGUCGAGAACCCCCAUAUCGACAAGACGUACAACCCUCCUACGGUUCACAAGAAGCGUGCUUCAGCCGCCAACAGCACCGCCCCCGGUACCCCCAUCCUCUCUGCAUCAGAUGUCACUGCCACUCCCGCAGUUGCACCGAUCGACCAGGCCGCAACAUUGGUUCCUUGCGGAUCCAAGGACAUGUACAACACCUACUUCCGUCGGGAUCUGAUCGUCUUCAAGAACUUUGACAUCUUCCGCUCCAACGACAUCUUUGUCGCCCUCAUCAUCUUCUACGCCACCGUCGCUCCCCUCCUCGUCUCCAACACCGGCCCCCGGUUCUUGACCUUCGUGAUGGUCAUCCAGGCUUUCCUCUGGAGAAUCUUCCAUUCGUAUGUCUUGGGAGCUGUGUUGAAGCAGCAGAGUGUCAACAAGUUCUAUACCAAGCAUUUCAUCAAGCACGGAGGAACCGUCCAGGAUGCCUUCCAGAGCUGGAAGAGUAUUUUUAACCUGUCCAACUCGAUGACCUAUGCGACGUUUUUCCUUGCAGCCUUCAAGAUGUACUCGAUCCCUGAUGACUGGACUUAUGGAACUGUGUUGUUGAGACACGUUCUUGGGUUGGCGUUGAUUGCAUUGCAUAUCUGGGCUUCUGUCUCGGUCUUUGAGGUCCUUGGUGACUUUGGAUGGUUCUAUGGCGAUUUCUUUAUUGAGGAUUCUUCCUCUGGUCUCUUUUACACCGGCAUCUAUCGAUUCGUGAACAACCCUGAGAAGGUGAUGGGCCACGCAGCAUUCUGGGGCAUGACACUGAUCUGCAACAGCUGGUCAAUCUUUAUCCUCGCCAUGUUCUCCCAAGUCUCCAACUUUGUCUUCCUCCACUACGUCGAGUCCCCCCACAUGCGCAAGAUCUACGGCGACAAGGUCCGCAAGGACGCCGGAGUGGUCAAGACCGUCAAGGCCGCCCAGAUCCUCCCCAAGAACCUCAAGAACGAAGUUGUCUCCAAGAUCCGCGAAAAGAUUGAAGAAACGCCCGAGAUCAAGGAUGUGUUGCAGAGGACGAGGGAGGUGUCGGAGAAGGCACAGGAUUUUGUGGAGGGUACACGGGGCGAUUUGAAUGAGUUGGUUCAGAGUGUUGCGCCGAGGUUGCAGGAGAUGGUGACGAGUUCCAAGGCGUUUUUGGAGUCGAGUAGUGAAAAGUUGAUUGUUGCCAGGACUUGGGAAGAUAUGGGGGUGUAUGAUAUGUCGCAGUACUCGAUCAAGGUUGUCGACUCUUUGGCGAGCCAGGACGAGAACGGUGUUCCUACGUACGAGCUUGGACAACAGUUGACGGUCGAAUGGACGGCGCCUUUGAACCAUGGCACCAAAGACUGGAUCGGGAUCUACAAGACCUCUUCCAACAACUCGACAAAGGUCACGACCGUCGCUUCCAAGAACCGGUACCUCUAUGUCGGCAAGGAUUUGGGACUGGGCGAGGCUCUGGAGGGUGUUGAGAACCAUGCGGGCAUGGGCGAUGGUGAGGUGAUUGAGGAGGAGGUUGUCCGGAUUGAUGACAAGGAGUUGUGUAAGGGACGUGUUGUGUUUGUGGGAGACAAGUUGCCCUGGUUCCAGGGUACUUUUGAGUUCCGGUACCACCAUCAUGGACGGUACAACGUCAUGGUCCACACCACCCCCUUCAAGAUCGCCCUGUCGAGCCUUCAGGGAGAAGCCGAACACUCAGUCGCAUCCAUCAGCCAAUCCCUCCUCCCCUACGUCCAACGCUGCUACAACUCUGACGAAGAAACCAUGCCCUGCACGGUCGACGAGCGGUUCAUCAUGAUCAACGAGCAGAUCGCAGAACGGAUCGUCAAGGGGAUCCAACUCAUGUACGGGAUCGAGUUUGCAUGGGAAGUUGUUUCUCUGGAUAUGUCGUGUUUGCAUUUGGCCUUGAGGAUCUUUACCGCUACUAGGGCUUUGGCACCGUUCUCAAAAGUCGUUCCCCAAGGUCAUGCUGUGGGACAGCCUCAGUUUGCGGCCUUCCCCGAACCGAGCUUGGUCGCUUCUGUUGCUGCCGCCUUGUAA